AUGGCAACCAAAAAAAGAACAAGAGACUCCUAUGAGUCUGAAGCAAACCCAGUAAAUACAGUACAACCAUCGAGAAUAAUAAAAAAUAUAAAACAAGACACAGAAACUAUAUCAGAAAGAACAAUAAAUAUAUUAAUGAAUUCACAAAAAAAUAAUAAUAACAAUAAUAACAACAAAGUCAAUAGUAGUACAGUUAAAGAUGUAGAGUUUACAAAUUUACAUCCAAAUAUACCUUCAGAUUAUUUCAGUUGUAGUGAUUGCACACAAGGUUCAUGCAGAUCAUGCUGUAAUAAUAGACAACUUAGAGAAUGUCCAUCUUGCUAUCAUAAAAUGUGCGGUCAUUGUGCCCAUUAUUGUGAAGGUUGCAAUGAUAUAGUUUGUUCAAAUUGUUGCGUCACAAAUAAUUCUAAUUCAAUACCCAAUUCUCAAAAAUGUGACUGUUGCUGCGAACAUAGUUUUGAUCAAACCUAUGACAUAGAUUUUUGUAUAGAUUGUAAUUAUAAUUCACACAAAUAA